UGUAAUUUCUACCCAAACGUUUCUACCCCAUGUUCUUACCUAAUAUUAGGUAAGGCUAUUUAUUAGAUUCGAACUACCUAAUCGAAAAAAAAACAAAUCAAGAGUUGUACCUAAAGCAAAUAUGAACAAAACAAGAAAAUGAAUCGGUAUCAUUCUACGUGUUACUUCUCUUUGGUUAUUAAAGGCAGUUCUGAAAAGUAAUGGAUCAAUCGUAUAAAUCAAAAUUCAACAAAUUCAAGUGCAGUGCAAAAAUAAACAAUCCAAAGUGCAACCGUCAUAAUCUACGGGGCAUGUCAUUAAGAUUGAUAGAUAAAAUUCAUUCCAUGGGAUAUACACAUGAAAUCGACGAAUCGAUGAGUAUUUGUGAGUCAUGUCGUGGAUUGAUAAAUCACAACAGAAGCCCGAAUACGAAAAAACGCCGAUCGGAUGGAAACGACGAAACUAUGCAACCAUCAUUUAGUGGGCAGCAACAUCAUGAUGUUCCAGAACCAGAACCGUCAACGAGUGGUCAACAAAUCGAACAUGAGCUGGAUAUGGUACCAUCUAUUCCAUCAUUGGAGUCAAUUCCGUCAACGGAUCAACUACAGGGUCCCCAUAAUAUUGAGAAGUUUAAUACCAUUGCUGAAACAUUGAGUUUAUCGCCAAUCUCAUCUAGAAACAUGAGAAGUAUGGAAUAUCGCAUAAACAAAUCAUUGCAGAUUACGAAAGCAGUUCGAAAAAAUAUCUUCGGAAUAGAUUCAACGGAUGUUGGCAAAGUGGAGGCGUAUGACGAGAUAAUUAUGCAGUUAAAGGAUAAGUUCAAUCACCCUAUAACUGACAGAAGCGAACAGAUUAAAAUACUAUCUGUACUUCCUAAGUCUUGGUCGGUAAAUAAAAUCACAAGAGAGUUUAACGCACCAAUGUAUAUGGCGAGGCAGGUGAAGGAUCUUGUUUAUGAACAGGGUAUUCUUUGUACCACCGAAAAAAGAAGGGGGCAUGGUAUUGAUGACGAUACAAAACAAAUAGUAAGAGAAUUUUUUGAUGAUAAUGAUAUCAGCAGGCCAAUGCCAGGAACAAAUGAUUUUGUUUCUGAGGUUCGAAAUGGAAAAAAACAACAAGUUCAAAAACGACUUUUGAUGAUGUCGCUCAAAGAGGCUUAUAUGAUUUUUGUAGAUAUGUACAAAACUGUGAAUAUUGGUUUCACAGUAUUUACACAGUUGCGACCAAAGCAUUGUAUUUUACUUGAUUCUACUGUUAUAUAUAAUGUAUGCAUAUUAGUAUGGGACAAACAUCAAAUUCUCGCUCUACCGAUAUCGAAGAAAACCAUCUGGACCUCCUAUCAGAAGGCCGACCUCCUAGCGAUGAAGGUAGCGCAACCUGGCCUCGGUAAGGCAGCAUGCUGA